GAAACCACAGGCUGCAGAGUCUCAUCAGGGGGUGUGUGUUUCUGUUUGUUUGGUCAAAUACAAACAAACCUCUAAAAGUGAAACCUGAAAACCACCGUUCACUUACUCGAGUACGUCUCUCUACAACGUGACGUCCCUUCGAUGUGGAUCAUGAAGACUGAGAGCAGGUUGGACUUGAUGCUGCUGCUCGUUCUUCUCACAGGUACAGUCGGCGAAAGUGACGGCAGCUCAGUUGUUGGUCAAACAGGUCAGAGCGUCACUCUGUCCUGUAAAUAUGACAUCAGCAAACAUGGAGCGCAGCAUGUCUGCUGGGGUCGAGGUAAAUUACCAAAGUUUGGCUGCAGCGACCAGCUCGUCUCCACAGACGGACAUAAAGUGAUAACCAGAGCUUCCAGCAGGUAUCAGUUACUGGGACGACUGGAGGCAGGUGAUGUUUCUCUGACCAUACUGGACCUCACAGAGACGGAUGCUGGACGGUACGGGUGCAUGGUGGAGAUACCUGGAUGGUUCAAUAAUGAGAAACAUCAAUUUGAUCUGAUCAUUGAGACAGCUCCUUUCCCAACCACCAUCACAGCAAACAACAAACCCACGGAGGUCGCACGGAGUCGGGAGAGCCUCAUUGGAAACACACUGAGAGUCUCCUUCAUCAUCAUCGUACCUGCACUGCUGCUGAUCACCUGUUACAGAGUUUGGAGGAGGAACCAGACUGACCGGAGGCUGAACCAAUCAGAGAAGGACACAGAGAGUCUCUAGCGUUGUUAAAGCCUUUUUUUUUUUUUUUAUAAAUUAUUGAUGCAAUAAAUUAAAGUUGUUUCCAGCAAAUGAAAAUAAAACUGCUUUUUUGAAAAAGUAAAA